AUGGUGGGGCCCUUAGGGCAGCACCGCUCUGGAUUCCUCCAAACCGAGGCUCCAUCCACCUUUCCCGCCUCUCUCCCAGUCGAGAUCGAGUGGGGAUUGGGCAACGAGCUUCUUAUUUGCUCUCCGGCCGCAUCCGUUGCCGCAUCCGUCGCCGCAUCUGAUGGCGCGAAUGACGGCGCGUUUCCGGGAAGGUCGGACGGUCGACAAGAUGACGUGGCGGGACACGGGUCGGCCGUCGUCAGCGUGACGUGGGCUGACACGUCAUCAUUUCACCGGCAGAUCGCAGCGGGGGCGUCGUCGCUGUACGGGCGACUGCAAACGGCGAUUGCGGCGGAAAUGGCGGAGGAAGCGGACGAGGCGGAGAUUGACGAGCGACGCGAGAGGUGGAGACACGUCAGCAGGUGGUCUCGCCACGUCAGCAGGCUCCUCUCUCCGCCAUCCGCCCAGUCCACGCUGGCAGCUGCUCGCGCCUCCCCCCACUCCCUUGGGAUCUCCGCCGCUGACCCGUUUGCUGCGAUAGACGCUGAGGAGGAAUGGGAAGACGAGGUGGGUAGGUGGGUGGUGGAGGGAGGUUGUUUUGAGAGAUUUUAUAGAAUGCUAAUUACUCCCUUGGGAUCUCCGCCGCUGACCCGUUUGCUGGGUGGGAUAGACGCCGAGGAGGAGGAGUUUGAGGACGAGGCCGUACCACCAGAGGAUCUUAACCCCUAUUGGCCAGCUGUGGCUUCCUGCGCUGCGAUUGGCUGGAGAGACACAGCAACGGCUCUGCUACGUUUCCACUCAUCUUAUCGUGAGGACCAGGUCGUUCAAAGGGAGGCGGAGAAUGGGCUGGUAGAGGCCGUGGCAGUGCUGCUGGCCGAGAUGCCCAUGCCCCUAGAGCCAAUGACGGCGCGCGACGCUGCUGAGGUGUCGGCGUACCACAGGCAUCGCGACCACUGGAGGAACCGGCUGGCUCGCCUCAAGGCGAGCCCCUUCUGGGCGGCAGCAGAUGCGCCGGCCACCGAAAGAGCGCUGCUCGCGCUGCUGGAUCUGCUCCUGGGGAGCUCUCGGGCCGUUGAUGACGUGGCGCGCUCCCAUUGGCUGGAGCUGCUGGGUGCGCGGCUGCUGCAUCAGAACCCACAGGCAAUGGCAGCAGCACAGGAAUCGCUCGCACUGCAGUGCUGGCGGGAAGCAGCGGACAGCUGUGGGAAGAGCGCGGGUGCAUCUCAGCCGUUGGAUGCCUCGGACCUCGUCCAGCCGUCGUUGGAUCGGCUCAUGCUGGCGUCCUUGUGCCGUGAAACAGAGGUGGUAGUGUCCAUAGCAUCUCGACUCCUCCCCUCCUGGUUCCUGGUGCAAGUCAUUGAACUUCUAUCCCUGCAUUCGCCGCCCCUCUCUGCACUACCAGCCAAACAAGCCGCUGCAGCUGCCGCACAAAAUGCUGCCUCUGCCGCCCAUGAGCCGCCCGCAGCAGACGGUGCUGACAUCAGCGGCCUGUCUGUUCUGGAUCUCUGCCGGGUGAACUAUGCCAUGGACCUCCUAUCAGAUGCUGCCACGUGGCAGCUCGCCCUCCCCUACCUCUCCCCAUGCCCACCGGGUGAACCCUUUAUAGAGCAGGUGCUGCUGGCCCAGCCAGUAUCAGCCACCACACACACCGCCAUCGCCAAAACCCUCUUUCUCCUCGACUCAUACGCCCCUGCCUGCUACUCCUCUGCUGCUGCUUUCUUGUCCCGGUCUGCCGCCAUGGCAUGUUGGGACUCUAGAAGCCUCGCCACAUCGCGCCACGUGGCGAGCGUCUAUUGGAUGGCGGCGGCCGGCGCCCCAGCAGCAGCGCCUAUGGACUCCCUUGUCCUUUUCCUCGCAGACGAGCUGCUGGUGCCGGCCGUCAGGGGGAGGCUGCAUCUGGUGCAGGGCGCACCUGGUUCAGGCAGUGCCUCUCAGGGAGCAGCAGCAGGAGCAUCAACAGGAGCAGCAGCAGCAGCAGCAGCAGCUGGAUGCUCUAAGGAACAGCAUGUAUGGGAGCUGGUGAAAGAGCUCACAGGCGGAUCAAACAGCCCAGUGUCGCCCUUCUUUCCUGCCGUUCCCCCCUCCCUCCUUGUCAUACUUAUGGGCAAUCACCCACCUGUUCUCUCUCUUCCUCACAGCGUAUGGGAGCUGGUGAAAGAGCUCACAGGCGGAUCAAACAGCCCAUCUUUACUCCCUGUAUGGGAGCUGGUGAAAGAGCUCACAGGCGGAUCAAACAGCCCAGUGUCGCCCUUCUUUCCUGCCGUUCCCCCCUCCCUCCUUGUCAUACUUAUGGGCAAUCACCCACCUGUUCUCUCUCUUCCUCACAGUGUCUGGGAGCUGGUGAAAGAGCUCACAGGCGGAUCAAACAGCCCAGUGUCGCCCUUCUUUCCUGCCGCCGCCGCCGCUGCUACAUCUGAGCCAAUCCAAAGAAGCCACCUGGCAGACCGGCUAGUGCAGGCCUUGCUCCACACCUCAUCGCACUACCCCCGCGUCUUCCUUGCCCUCUCUCAUCUCAUGGCUCGUGUGCUCCAGAAUCGGUCUCUACCGUUCAAAGAAUCACACAUCUCUGCGCUCAUCAGCUGCUUGCAACUAGUCUCCCCGGACUCACUCUCGCAACAGCAUGCUGGCUUUAAGAAUGCUCCCAUCGUCACCGCCCGUGCCUUGCCUGACACGGACAGCCAAGGGGGCAUGGGGCAGGCAGCGCUGUGGGAUCAUUUGAAUAGCCUCAAACUGGCUCUGGCCAAGGAGCUGUCUGACGAUCUGCUUAUUAAAAUUCUUUGGCAUACCUCCAAAACGCCGCUGUCUGCUGUUUUCAAUGGUGAUGCUACAUACGAUGAUGCUACACCAUGCGAUGAUGAGACGCUGGAGCGGCUGGUGCUUGCGGAUUGCACCUUCCUUGACCAGCUUCCGGACGACCUUGGAGAGAUCGUCCCAUGUCUCCGUGAGCUGACGCUUAGCUGGUGCUCUGGACUAACCCGGCUGCCCGAAGAAAUCACGUCUCUGACCCGGUUAGAGAGCCUGACAAUCUCCUCAUGCCCCAACUUGUCCAGCCUGCCCGACAACUUCGGUGACUUAUCUGCUCUGAAAAAAUUGAUUCUGCGCACGCUGCCUCUGGCCAGCCUCCCUGACUCUUUCGGGCAUCUCGAAUCCUUGGAGACACUUACCAUGUACAUGCUCCCUCUCACGGAACUCCCAGACUCCUUUGCCUAUCUCACCUCCCUGAAGACCCUGUUCAUGGUUGGUUGCCGCCAAUUGCGCCAGCUUCCAGAGAACUUUGGCGGUCUGGGAGCUCUUCAGAUGCUGUGCAUGGUGAAGCUGCCGUUAGUGAGGCUUCCUGAAGGCUUGGGGGGAAUGGCUGCCUUCCAGACGAUUUUUCCGAAUGAAGUGUUCAAUCCGCUGCAGCUCCCGGGUUCACUCACCCAGUUGACUUCGUUGACCCGGCUUGACAUCGAUCUGGUUUCAAAUGAGAAGCUUCCAGAGGGCAUUGAGAAGCUGAACCAGCUGCGGCAGCUGAACAUCCAGUGCUGUUUCAAUCUCCGGGAGAUUCCAGAAUCCGUGACAGCUCUGACCAAUUUAGAAACUCUGACAGUUGGGAUGUGCAGCGAGCUCGUUUCAUUUCCCAAGAAGCUGGAUACCCUUCUAAAGCUCAGGCGCCUGGAGCUGACGGGAUGUCAUCCGUCCAUGUGGUUGAACGGCCUUCGUACUUCCCUUCCGUCCUCUCUUGAGUCUCUGAGCCUUGGGAGCUACAACCAGACCACUCUUCUGCCUGAACUCCUUUUGCUGCCGAAUCUCACGAAGCUGACAUUGAAUCUGGUCAACGUGGAGUGUAGGGAAGCUGAUGAGUCUGAAACCAGUGCUUUGCCUCGGUUAGAGUAUCUGGAGUUGGUGUUAGCAGAAGAUGCUACGGAGCUCUCAUUCCUCUUUGCUUCUCUCCCCCAGCUGCGAGCCCUCGUAAUCUCCAGGGCUGGUAACAUCGAGACGCUUCCAGGAAGCAUCGGCUCAGACCUGAAGCAGCUCCGACGAUUGCAGAUAGAGCACGCUGCAGAACUGAGAGUGCUGCCAGAAACUGUCUCUCAGCUUGUGCAUCUGACCUCCUUGGACGUUCAUGCACCUAAGCUCACCUCCCUUCCCGCCAGCAUCGGUGCAUUAUUCAGGCUAAGGGAGCUGAACCUCUCUGAUUGUUCCGCCCUGGAAGGUCUCCCGGCUUCCCUCACCCGGCUCGCCUGCCUGAGCAAGUUGAGUGUUGAAAACACUGCCAUCCGCUUGCUACCAGGAAACUUCGCGCAGCUGACCCGGCUCAAGCGGCUGGACCUGUUUCAGUGUGAGCAUCUGGAGGAUUUGCCGGAAGAUUUUUCAGAGCUCAAGAUGUUGCAGGUUCUGAAAUUAGGUGGUUGCACGGAUGAAGUGAACAGGGCACAGCAACGGAUGUUGAGAGACCGUGGCAUUGACGUCAUGUAUGGGUUAAGACUCGGUUGGUGA